CGAUUGUCGGGAACACCGAUGUGAGAUCAGGCUGAUUAAUCGAGCCCAGAUCAAAGCAGUGCAGUUUCAAUGAUGGCGUUCAGACGAGUUCUGCAUUUUGUGUUUAAAGUAGGAGACAGAAGCAAGACAGCUGUGUUUUACAGGGAUGUUCUUGGUAUGAAGAUUUUACGCCAUGAGGAGUUUGAAGAAGGCUGUAAGGCAUCGUGUAAUGGACCUUAUGAUGGAAAGUGGAGUAAAACCAUGGUGGGCUUUGGUCCAGAGGAUGAUCACUUUGUAGCAGAGUUGACAUACAAUUAUGGAGUGGGACAAUACAAACUUGGCAAUGACUUUUUGGGUUUCACCAUACAGUCGAGUCAAGCUGUCUGUAAUGCCAAGAAGAUAGGCUGGCCUCUUACUGAGGUCGGAGAAGCGCUGUACUUGACAGAAGCACCUGGUGGAUAUCCGUUCUACCUGAUAGACAAAGAUCAGCCAGACUGUGACCCGGUUCAGAAAAUCACCCUGGCCGUCUCUGACCUGCAGCGUUCUGUACGUUACUGGUCCUCGCUGCUGGGGAUGAAAGUGAUGGAAAAAAGUGAGGAGAAGAAAAGUGUACUGAUGGGAUUCUCAGAAAGUCAGUGCAAACUGGAGCUACAGGAUAUCCGAGCUCCUGUGGAUCAUGGAACCGCUUUUGGCAGGAUUGCGUUUUCUUGCCCACGAGAGCAGUUACCUGAAAUCGAAGCUGUGAUGAAAAAGGAAAAGCAGAAGAUCCUCACGCCUCUCGUCAGCCUGGACACUCCGGGGAAGGCGACUGUAGAAGUGGUCAUUCUGGCUGAUCCUGACGGACAUGAGAUCUGCUUUGUGGGAGAUGAAGCUUUCCGCCAGCUGUCUGCCUACGACCCCAUUGGAAAUGAAUUGCUCGAUCAGGCCAUGGCUGCUGAUAAGAGCGACGAAUGGUUUGCAAAACACAAAAAGCAGAAAGCGUCAGCAUGAGUCUUUUUAUGUGCUUUGUUGAUCAGGAGUUACAUGGAUCACAUAGAGAUUUAUGUUUGAUUUGUAUUUGUUUAUAAAAUGAUUCUGGAAAGAUUAAAAUGUAAAAUGCUAAAAUAUCAAAGCUCUGAGUUUUGCUAGUUUAGCAAAGCAUUAAGAAUAACGCUUGUUCCUUUAAUAAACUUUGGACCUUGAUUUAAAAA